AUGCAAUGGCAUAUACGAAUCUCACGAACAGUCAAUCCUGGUGAUCAACAUUACCAGAAUGCUCAACGAUUAAUAGAUAAUGACUUUGAUUUCAUGGUACCUGAGUUGGAUAUAGCUAUUCCGAUAAAUGCAGGAAAUCCUCGAGAUUCGAACGAUUUAGAGAGACAAGGCCGUCUCUAUCGUGCUCUCUUGAAGUAUGCAUUACACUUUUCUCCAAGAUGUCGUGCACUAAUCACUUGCGGUUUCACCGAUCGAUACGGUUGGGUUCCUGCUUUUUAUAACAAUACGGAGAGAGCUGCACUACCUAGUGACUGGAUUUAUCAGCGGAAACGCGCCUAUAUGCAAAUGCAAGAAGAAUUAGCUCGUGUUCUCCCCGCUAGCAUUUAUCGUCUCGCGCCGAAAUCACAACCAGAUAAAUGUCUUGGCACUUAUGUUAAUGACAAAGUCGAUAGAGUUCAAUUAGAAAGUGGUGGAUGCAAUAGUGCACAUCAGAAAUGGAAUAUUAGUUGGCUUGAUAAUGGUACUUAUCGAUUAUCGUCACAAAAUGCCAACGCCAGUGCUCUUACCGCUUACAAUAUAACGGCAAAAACUGGUGGAGUUCAAACAAACCAUUGGACAAGCAAUGUUAAUCAAGAAUGGGUAUUUUCUUCGUAUGGAAACAAUGUAUUCCGCUUCCGACCUCGAAAUGCAUGGUGGCGUGUAUUUGCUCUUCACGAUACAUCCAACGUCGGCAUCGUCGAUUUCAUUCAGAGCGAUGCUCUACGCUGGAUUUUAACUAAAGUGUAG